UGUUCUCCCGUGUUGUUGGGUUUCGAAGGAGCGCAGGACUUUGCCAUGAAAUAAUACAUUUUUACCCGUGAGGAAAACAAAAACAAACCGCAUGAUUUCAAACUGAAGUUACUCGCGUUCCCAUUAAGUGGUGAAACCGUGUUUUUGGGAGACUCCGACGGGAAGUUUGUGUGAUCGUUUUUCCCGGAGUGAUGUCGAAUCCUGGGACUCGGAGGAACGGGUCCAGCAUCAAAAUCCGACUGACAGUAUUAUGUGCCAAGAACCUUGCAAAGAAAGACUUCUUUCGCCUGCCAGAUCCAUUUGCCAAAGUUGUGGUGGACGGAUCAGGUCAAUGCCACUCUACAGACACAGUCAAGAGCACACUGGACCCCAAAUGGAAUCAGCACUAUGACCUCUACAUUGGAAAGACAGACUCCAUCACCAUCAGUAUAUGGAACCACAAAAAGAUCCAUAAACGACAGGGGGCAGGCUUCCUGGGCUGUAUACGACUUCUUUCCAAUGCUAUCAGCAGGUUAAAAGACACAGGAUACCAGCGUCUAGAUCUAUGUAAGCUCAACCCCUCGGACAGCGACGCAGUGCGAGGGCAGAUUGUAGUGAGCUUACAGACGCGAGACCGCAUUGGCAGCGGAGGCCCUGUGGUGGACUGCAGGGGACUGUUGGAAAACGAUGGGCCUGUGUUUGAGGGAUGUUUCAGUGAAGAGCCGCUGCCCUACUCCGACUCCACUGGUGCAGCAGGGGGUGGGAACUGCCGGCUUGACUCACCAAGUCAGGAGAGCCGUCUUCAGACCCAGCGAAUCAGAGGGCAGGACUCCAGAGGCCAUGGCCACACCCCUCAGAACAGACCUCAUGGGCACCAACCGCCUGACCUGCCAGAGGGUUAUGAGCAGCGAACAACAGUGCAGGGCCAGGUGUACUUCCUUCACACACAGACAGGCGUCAGCACCUGGCACGACCCUCGGAUACCGCGGGACCUGGCCAGUGUGAGCUGCGAGGAGCUCGGUCCUUUGCCAGUGGGCUGGGAGGUCCGAAGCACUGUGUCUGGCCGGAUCUACUUUGUGGACCACAACAACCGAACCACACAGUUCACAGACCCACGCCUACACACCAUUAUCAGCCAGCAAUCCCAAGCAAAGGAAUCCUCCCAAGCCCCCCAGAUGGAUGUGGGGGGCGAGGACGGGGGAGGUGGAGGAGUUGGUGGCGGCAGCGGAGGAGGAGAUGGAGAUGUCGCAGCGCGCUAUGAGAGAGACUUGGUCCAUAAGCUGAAGCUGCUCCGGCAUGAGCUGUCCUUGCAGCAGCCUCAAGCAGGACACUGUCGCAUAGAGGUGUCCCGAGAGGAGAUCUUUGAGGAGUCUUAUCGGCAGAUAAUGAAGAUGAGGCCCAAAGACCUGAAGAAGCGUCUGAUGGUGAAAUUCAGGGGAGAGGAGGGCUUGGACUACGGUGGGGUGGCCAGGGAGUGGCUGUACCUGCUGUGUCAUGAAAUGUUGAAUCCCUAUUACGGCCUGUUCCAGUACUCCACAGACAAUAUCUACACACUACAGAUCAACCCUGACUCCUCCAUCAACCCUGACCACCUGUCAUAUUUCCACUUUGUGGGUCGUGUGAUGGGCCUCGCGGUUUUCCAUGGUCACUACAUCAACGGGAGCUUCACGCUGCCCUUCUACAAACAGCUGCUAGGCAAACCCAUCCAGCUCAACGACCUGGAGACCACCGACCCAGAGUUGCACAAGAGCCUCGUCUGGAUAUUAGAGAACGACAUCACCUCAGUCCUCGACCACACAUUCUGUGUGGAGCACAAUGCCUUUGGAAAGUUUUUACAACAUGAACUCAAACCUAAUGGGCGCAAUAUCCCCGUCACUGAGGAGAACAAGAAAGAAUACGUAAGACUUUAUGUGAACUGGAGGUUUAUGCGUGGAAUUGAAGCCCAGUUUCUGGCUCUACAGAAGGGAUUCAGUGAGCUCAUCCCUCAGCACCUCCUCAAACCAUUCGACCAUAAAGAACUUGAGCUGAUCAUCGGUGGAUUGGGGAAGAUCGACCUCGCAGACUGGAAGACGAACACCCGCCUGAAGCACUGCACAAGUGAAAGCAACGUGGUGCGGUGGUUCUGGCAGGCCGUGGAGGCCUUCAGCGAGGAGAGGAGAGGACGCCUGCUGCAGUUUGUCACAGGCUCCACCAGGGUCCCACUACAGGGUUUCAAGGCGCUGCAGGGCUCUACAGGUUCUGCAGGACCAAGGCUCUUUACCAUCCAUUUGAUAGACGCCAACACAGACAACCUGCCCAAGGCUCACACAUGUUUUAACCGGAUAGACAUCCCUCCCUACGAGUCCUACGAGAAACUUUACGAGAAACUGCUGACGGCUGUGGAGGAGACCUGCGGCUUCGCUGUGGAGUGAUGAAUCCACAACCAGAACCAACAUACACACAGUCACACUUGUGCUUGCACAAAACUAUUUGACAUUUUACAUAUACACACUUAAACAGAAUAUCAAGUAUACACUGAGUAUACGGAGCGGCCAAGCAUCACAAGAACACACACAUAGUCUCUUGCCACCUCUUCACCACCGAACUGUUGGGGGUUUAAAUGAGGAAGCACAGCAGGAGGGGCGGGGGCGGGGGGGGAAUAAAAAGAAAAAAACACAAAAAAGAAAAGUAUUUUAAAAUUUUUCAGAUGUUUUGAAGAAGCAUUUUUAUCCUUCAGUUUUAACAAGCUAUGAUGUCAUUCUUCAGAAUGUCUAACCGCCGCAGCGAAUUUGACUCCAGUCGCACUCGAGUCUCCGGACAGAAUCAGCCAAUCACACAUGAGCCUGCGAACAGAGACGCUGAACUCGGAUGUGUAAAGAACAAGGCGUAGGUCCACUGUCUUUCUGUCUGACAAGCUGAUUGACUGACUGGUAUUCAUGCUUCAUGUUUAACCACUGUCGUGUAUCAGAAUGCGUGUGUGUGUGCAUGUCAGACGGUGAGAGAGUGAGAUUGUAUUUGUGUCUGUGUGACAGCAAAUGUGUGCGUAUGUGCGUGUGUGUGUGUGUAUGUGUGUCAGGCAUGGCACCCCAGUUACGCUGUAAAAAAAAGAAAAAAGUCAGAUGAGCCUGCUCCUCUGUUUGGUAACUUUUUGUCUCUUUGGUUUGUAUCUGCGACCACUCUGAUCCACUCUGAUAUUUUAUUAUUUAUUACUGAUUACCGACCAAGCUGCUAUGUGCUCUACAAAGAGCUGACACUAAUCUCUUCAUCACCCCCUCUACCAGAGUUGAAGGGUCAGUUCAUUUGCAAUUAAAGUAAUCCACAAAGUGGGUUUUAUUGAAUUUCGUUACAUUUUUCUUUUUCUUUUUUUUUUUUUAACAUUCAUAUUAUUGCGGUGAAAUAAUCUUGUCAUUGUAUGGAAACUGUUAGUGUGUUGGUGUUUUAAAUGCCAAGUUACGUUUAUUGAAGUGAAAGGGAUUGAUGUUCUCAGCCCUAAUUUUAAGAUGUAACUCUACUGACGUUAUGGAGGGGACCGAGGGCGUGACCUGGAUAUUUCUCUAAAUGAGCCACGAGGAUGGAAAAGAAGGAGUUAACUUCAGGAAUUCUUUGGUUCUAUGUGACAUGUAUAAUAAAAUCUCAUAAGCCUCAUACAUGUUUCAUUAUCCAUUUCACCAACUUUUGUUUUCUGCCUCUUUGUGGCCCUUACAUUUCUCUACCCAUCUCUUUUUGUCAAUAGCCUGAAUGUUAGAAAAAGGAGUCCUCCUCCUCAAGACCGCCAUGAAUGAACAAAGUCUCUUUACAGUCAUUAAUUCUCCAUAGAAAUGAAUGAAAUCAAAAACCCAGAUGUUGAGCGAGUAACGUUGAAAAUGUUGGGAUCUGUUGUAGAUUGAAGAUCGAAGACUGUUAAGAUGUAUCAUUUCAAAAUGCAUUUUCUAGGUUCUGAGUUCACUGUGAUGCAAGAGUAUUGUAACUUACUAUGUACUAAACAUUUAUGAAAAAAUACAAUGUAAAUAAGAUUAUAUUAAAAGAAAUUAAA